CGUGCCGCGCAGGCUUUGCUGGCGGCUGCACAGAGUUUGCAGUGCGGCCCGCGCUUCCCAGCGUUUGCGCCUGGCUGUCGGUCCCCAUCGUGCCCGCCCCGCCAUGACCGCGGCCACCCUACAGCCCCGGGCCGGGUGGCUGACCCUGCUCCUGCCGCUGCUGCUGCUCCGCGUCGGCUCUGUGCGCGCCGACAGUAAGGUGUUCGGUGACGUGGACCAGGUGCGGAUGACCUCGGAGGGCUCCGACUGCCGCUGCAAGUGCAUCAUGCGACCGCUGAGCAAGGACGCGUGCAGCCGCGUGCGCAGUGGGCGGGCACGAGUGGAGGAUUUCUACACCGUAGAGACCGUGAGCUCAGGGACCGACUGCCGCUGCUCCUGCACGGCGCCGCCCUCCUCGCUCAACCCCUGCGAGAACGAGUGGAAGAUGGAGAAACUCAAGAAGCAGGCACCCGAGCUCCUCAAGCUGCAGUCCAUGGUGGAUCUCCUGGAGGGCGCCUUGUACAGCAUGGACCUGAUGAAAGUGCAUGCCUACGUCCACAAGGUGGCCUCCCAGAUGAACACGCUGGAAGAGAGCAUCAAGGCCAACCUGAGCCAGGAGAACAAGGUGAUGAGGGAGAGCGUGCGCCACUUCAGCGAGCAGCUGAAGCACUAUGAGAACCAGUCGGCCAUCAUGAUGAGCAUCAAGAAGGAGCUCUCCAGCCUGGGCCUCCAGCUGCUGCAAAAGGAUGCGGCCACAGCUCCUGCCGCUCCCCCAGCCACCGGCCCUGGUAGCAAGGCUCAGGACACAGCUGGAGGGAAAGGCAAAGACAGCAACAAGUAUGGCAGCGUGCAGAAGAGCUUUGUAGACAGGGCCCUCCCUAAAGCUCCUAAGGAGAAGCUGCUGAAGGUGGAGAAGGUGAGGAAGGAGGGCGGCCAGGGCCGAUUCCCCCAGCCCACAGCCAAGCCCCGGGCCCUGGCCCAGCAGCAGGCUGUGAUCCGGGGCAUCACCUACUACAAGGCAGGCCGGAAGGAAGCUCCCGAGGCUGACAACACCCUCAAGAGCACCUCCUGGCUGGAACAGCUGCCACCCAGAGUGGAGGGCAGGCCACCUGAACCCAACUCAGCGGAGCGAGAGGAGGAUGGGCCCAGGGCCUCAGAGGGAGCGGACUUAGCCCCUGGCACCCCCUCCUCGAGCCCAGCCCCCACUCCCACCCCCACCCCCACCCCCACCACCAGUCCCCUGCCCACCCAGCCCAGAAGUCCCCAGCCUUCACGCCCAGAAGUCCCCAGCCAAGGCAGAGAGGCCAGCUGUGAGGGCACCCUCCGGGCCGUGGACCCUCCUGUGAAGCACCACAGCUAUGGGCGCCAUGAGGGAGCCUGGAUGAAGGACCCUACCGCGCGGGAUGACAGGAUCUACGUCACCAACUACUACUAUGGAAACAGCCUUGUGGAGUUCCGCAACCUGGAAAACUUCAAGCAAGGCCGCUGGAGUAACAUGUACAAGCUGCCCUACAACUGGAUCGGCACGGGCCACGUGGUGUACCAGGGCGCCUUCUACUACAACCGCGCCUUCACCAAGAACAUCAUCAAGUACGACCUGCGCCAGCGCUUUGUGGCCUCCUGGGCGCUGCUGCCCGACGCCGUGUACGAGGACACCACGCCCUGGAAGUGGCGCGGCCACUCGGACAUCGACUUCGCCGUGGACGAGAGCGGCCUGUGGGUCAUCUACCCCGCGGUGGAUGACCGCGACGGGGCCCAGCCCGAGGUGAUCGUGCUGAGCCGCCUGGACCCCGGCGACCUCUCCGUGCACCGCGAGACCACGUGGAAGACGCGGCUGCGGCGGAACUCCUACGGGAACUGCUUCCUGGUGUGCGGCAUCCUGUACGCGGUGGACACGUACAACCAGCGGGAAGGCCAGGUGGCCUACGCGUUCGACACGCACACGGGGACCGACGCCCGCCCGCAGCUGCCCUUCCUCAAUGAGCACGCCUACACCACGCAGAUCGACUACAACCCCAAGGAGCGGGUGCUGUACGCCUGGGACAACGGCCACCAGCUCACCUACACCCUGCACUUUGUGGUCUGAGCGGGACGCUCUCAUAGGAGAAGAGUGGCAGUGGGCACGGGGCUCCCCACAGGGACUGCAUCAGCAAAUAUUUAUAGGGGGGCCGGCCCGGGGCCAGGUGCUAGGCACGUGGCGUAACCGGCGUAAAGCUUCCUUAGCACCCAGUCGAAUAAUCAGUCGUCCUUUCACUUGCAGAGCACUGUGCCAAGAGCUUCAUAUGCACUGACCCACUUCAUCUUCCCAAGAGCACCCUUAAAGGUAGAGAUAGGUAAGCCCAUUUAACAUGGGCACACGGAGG